AUGGUUUUACAUAAAGAACAGAAGAAGAAUGUAGUGGAAUUAUUAAAUACGACCAAGGAGCAACAAUCCAAUACUUUCAUUGGAUUAAAUCAUGAAUUGUCGCUACCAAGAGAAAAGCGUCAUCCAGUAACAGAAUGUGAUCCAUGUGUUAUUGAGCUUUGUAUGGCGAUAGAAGAGUGUCUAGUGCUUGGAUUAAAGCCACGAUAUAAUACGGAUCAUAGAGAGAAAGGAGAAGGAAGAAGAAGAAGCGUCCUGAGUGUUCUAUCUGCAGCAUUUUUAGCCGAGACGGAUGUAGGAAAAGCUCGUUGCUGGCUGAAGAUUGCACUAAAUAAUCAUACAAUUGAGUCUAGUAUUAUGGUACUUGCAAGACUACCUUGUCCUGGUCUUAUGGUCUUUUCAAUGGCUUGUGAACACUUGAUUCACGACAGCUACGAAGAAAGGUCGCUUGUUCGGUGCUCUGAAGGCUUGGGGUUGUUUCUUGAGCUUAUCAUUGCACUCCGGGAAGUGCACUUUGCUAUAAAAGUCAGUGGAGAGCCGUUUCAAGUGUCGAAGCCAGCGGCAUUAGCGCGUUUAGAGCCUAUCUAUGAAGGCGAUAGUGGCGAAUUGGUUUCUGCUAUUACAGAUGAAGACAUUGCUGCGGCGGUGGGGGAACUCAAAAUCAAAGAUGCUAACGACCAGAGGAUUCAAGAUACUGUGACUGUAGAGGAAGACGUCAUUCAGUUUUCAUCGGCCUUGUUCCCCCACCGCCGUAAGAGUAUUAAACCUUGGCAGUACGUGUUCGGCAUCAGUCUGGCAUCACUUACGAAAAAUCCAUAUCACAGCCGCUACGCUUUGAUUGACCCACUGCUUGCGCUUCCAAACGUUUUAAACGAUUGUGUUGCGAUAUUAAGGCAAAACCCGGACACUCCACGAUUGUUUCGUACGACGGUUUUGAACAUACGUGUGAACCAACUUCGCGAGAUUGUGGAGACCAAAGGGGCAGUACCGGAAGAUCUAGACCCGCAAUGUGCCGGAGCAUUACUCCUAGAUUUUCUGAAGAACCUGCCAGAUUCGUUGUUGACUGACGACAAAUACGAUGCAUUCGUGGCAGCAGGGCAAUUGCGUGAUGAAGAUGCCAGCGUGCGCAAUGUCACAUGCUUAGUGAACGACCUGCCUGUGCCCUGUCAGAUUGUACUGAAACAUGUGAUCAGCUUGAUGCACUUCCUGCAACAGCCCGAACAUAGUGGAAAAAAUGGCGUGGACAUAUUUACAGCUUCUACUAUUCUUGCCCCCGCGAUAGCCUUCAAGAGUAACUUAGGAAGCGGCUCGUCAUCCGAACGCCCGCGCGGUCAACCGCAUUCGCCGCAUCAAGAUUUACGAUAUGCUGCAGUAGGCGCUCAAGUAGUCGAGCGAAUGAUUCGACACUACGCGACAAUUUUCCACUCUGUCCGAUUGUUGAUUAUCGACGCACUCGAGCACUUGGAGGCUAAAAAGGAAGCACUGGGAAUGGUGUCGCAUCGAUUGAAGCUCCAGCCGCAGAUGGAUAUCUUGUCGGACAGGCAGCAAGUAAACGAGAUUUCACGAUUGUUUCGUGACUAUCUAGAACAUUGUGAUGGUCCCAUAUUCUCUGCGUCUGUCAGCUCAACAACUGAGCAAGCGGUGGAGUGCUUGAAGAUCGAAGUUGUGGCAGAUCUGGAGAAUACAUGUCAGCGAAACACUACUGUCAAGUUAGGGCAAGAUUUACAGAAGUCAACCGUUGCGGCGCCAGCUGCCAGUUCGACCAGUGGAGCAUCUUUAUCAACCAUGGAAGCAAUUGGAGAUGAUCUUGUAAGCGUCUGGGAGCAAUUUGGCUUCAACGGACCAACUAUUGUAGAAAACUUUGAAAAGGGUGGCGUGCUGAUGCUGCAAGCCUUAUUGUACUGGCUGAAAAAUGACCCAGACGCACUAUCCUUACUCAAAAUGCGUGCACUACCUUCCAAGCUGCCGUCUUAUGACGCAGGAUUGGUAGCAUCAUCUAUUUGUGAGUCGUUGGUAAAGUUGUUGAAACUAUCCUUAACUCCGAAGUGCCCGGAGGUUGACAUGGUGGCAAUGUCGUUAGAACCCUUUUGGAAGUUGUUUGACGAAGACAUGUUUUUCAACAAAUUGUUCAUGUUGAUGUUUCUAGUAUUUGACCGACUUUGGAGUGAACUUGAUCCAAAUACGGCAUCUUUCGCUCAUGUAAUUACGGAGACCGAGGAACAUAUUAAUGAACUGCUGAAAGAGGCGCCAACUACCGCGGCAACCGUGAAGGACCUGCAAGUGGAGUGGAAAGCAAUUCAGACACGACGUUGUAAAGAAGCUAAGGAAGAGGAGGAGCAAAGAGUGCCAGUCGAAGAUGAAGCGCCCCAGAUUGCUGCGACCUCAGACUCAUCUAUUCCGUCUCCUUCUUUCCGCCGCUCGAAGAACAAGUCGUCUUUUGAUCUUAAAUUGGAUGAUUCUAACUUCAAGCUCUUGGAUACGUCACGCAUCUUGACACGAGAGCAUGUUGCUCAUAUUGGCAACGCAUUGCCGAUUACAAGUCAAUUGUGCCGGUGGUAUUGCAUUUAUAGCGUGGCGUCAAACGGAUCUGCAUUAGAGACAUUUCUCUUACUUGCAAAGAGACAACGUCCAACGUUGUUGGUGAUUAAAGAUGCCGAGGGAAAUGUUUUUGGUGGAUUUGCAUCGGAUGAGUGGCAUCAUGCAUUUCACUACUAUGGCACUGGUGAGUCGUUCUUGUUUUCAUUUGCAAGCUCAAGCGCUGUGGGCGAGUUCAUGAAGUAUCCAUGGAGUCGCAAGAAUAGCUACUUUAUGCUCUGCUCCGACGAAUCAUUGAUCAUGGGUGGUGGCGGUAACUUUGGCUUGUUCCUGGAUAGCGACUUAUCUUCCGGAACAAGUGGAGCGUGCGAAACGUUCGACUCGCCUCCACUAACGCCGUCGCAACAGUUUUCUUGUGUCCAAUUGGAGCUGUGGGGCUUCACAACAGGUGACAAGCCCCUUCAUCUUGGUGAACGACAGAGAAAAAGUGUGUUGGGUUAG